UGUUCAGGUCCAUCAUGAGUGAGAAAUGGGACUCAAACUCUUCAGAAAACUGGCAUUAUAUUUGGAGUGUCAAUGGCACAAAAUAUCACCUAUACUCAGAUAUCAAUAUUACCUAUGUGAACUACUAUCUUCACCAGCCUCAAGUAGCAGCAGUCUUCAUCACUUCCUACUUUCUCAUCUUCUUCCUGUGCAUGGUGGGAAAUACUGUGGUUUGCUUUACUGUAAUGAGGAACAAGCAUAUGCACACAGUCACUAAUCUCUUUAUCUUGAACCUGGCAAUAAGUGAUUUACUGGUUGGCAUAUUUUGUAUGCCUAUCACGCUCCUGGACAACAUCAUAGCAGGAUGGCCCUUUGGAAGCACAAUGUGCAAGAUCAGCGGAUUCAUUCAGGGAAUAUCAGUUGCAGCAUCAGUCUUUACUUUAGUUGCGAUAGCUGUGGAUAGGUUCCGCUGUGUUGUCUACCCUUUUAAGCCAAAGCUCACUAUCAAGACAGCAUCUAUCAUUAUUGUGAUCAUCUGGGUCCUGGCCAUUGCCAUUAUGUCCCCAUCUGCAAUAAUGUUACAUGUACAAGAAGAAAAAUAUUACCAAGUGAGACUCAACUCCCAGAAUAAAACCAGUCCAGUCUACUGGUGCCGGGAAGACUGGCCAAAUCAGGAAAUGAGGAAGAUCUACACCACUGUGCUGUUUGCCAACAUCUACCUGGCUCCCCUGUCCCUCAUUGUCAUCAUGUAUGGAAGGAUUGGAAUUUCACUCUUCAAGAUGACAGUGCCCCACACAGGCAAACAGAACCAGGAGCAGUGGCACGUGGUGUCCAAGAAGAAACAGAAGGUCAUUAAGAUGCUCCUGAUUGUGGCUCUGCUUUUUAGUCUCUCCUGGCUGCCUCUGUGGACACUGAUGAUGCUCUCAGACUAUGCUGACCUGUCUCCAAAUGAACUGCAGGUUAUCAACAUCUACAUCUACCCGUUUGCACAUUGGCUGGCCUUUUGCAAUAGCAGCGUCAACCCCAUCAUUUAUGGUUUCUUCAAUGAGAAUUUUCACCGUGCAUUCCAAGAUGCUUUUCACUUCCAGCUCUGCCAAAAAAGAGCAAAGCCCAAGGAAACCUAUACCGUAAGAGCUAAAAACAAUGUGAUCAUAAGUACAUCUCAUCAGUUAGCCCCAGGACCUGCAAUUCAAAAUUCACAUGAGGAAAAUUUGCUUUGUAGGAAAAGUGCUGAAAAACCCAACCAAGAAUUAAUGAUGGAAGAAUUAGGGGGAGUCACCCAGAGCAAUGAGAUUUUAAAAGAGCUGGUAUGAUUAUUUUAACUAUACAGUGUGUUAUAUAUAGAAAUACUGCUUUCUAUAGCUUUGUACUUGAAUUCUAAGAAUGUUCUAAAGAAAAUAUGUACUGAAAGCCCUCUUUGAACAGAAGUGGAAUAGUCUUAUGUUCAUAUCCAAUCUUAUGGUAUAUAAAAUAUGUAGAGACUCACAUACAAAUUUGCCUGGAUAAAUCCAUUUUCUAGGAACAAUUUUCAAAGCCUGACCUUUUCCAAUUUAGCCAGUUGGGUAGGAGUCAAACAUAUGUAUUAUGUGUAUACAAAUAUAUACAACACACACACUUAUUUUCUCCAAAUGGCAAUAAAUAGGCAGUUAUUUGCAUGAGAGUACAUUUUGUCAAUUCUCUUUUUGCUUUUGGAGUUGA